UUUCCAUCAGAUUGGUUCACUUUUCUUAGUACAAUUUUGUCACAAUCAACUAAUUACAAUCUGAAUUAAGUUAUUUUCAAUAAUCAAAUUGUAAUUAAAAUAGUAUUUUUAAUAACAAUUUGAUUGAAGAGUUAAAAUAACCGGUGAAAGUUUCAUCAAGUGAAAACCUUAUGAUUGAUGAAAACAUCUGAUUGAAUCUUUGUUGAUUGUUACGUUUAAACUGCUGAUUGAUUAUCUUAAUUACUUGUCAUAAACUUGAAUUGAUCGUCAUCAAAGUUAAUUGCUGUUUGUUGAUUGUUAAUCAUAAAAGUAAAAUGUCGGUUGUCAAUGGUGAUUGUUACCUUUUCAAUCCAAUCGAAAUUGAAGAUUUGGACUGGACCAAUGUCCAAAUUGAUUGGAAGGACAAACUGGACUCGAAUUCAUUGAUUAUUCGACCUCUUAAAAUUGAUGAUUAUGGUCGAGGUCACAUUAAAUUGUUGUCACAAUUAACUGUUGUUGGUGAUGUUUCUCAACAGGAAUAUGAAGAUCGAUUCAAAUUGAUGAAAGAAACCAAACUAAUUAAAACUGUGGUAAUAGAAGACACUAAUUCCAAUCUAAUUGCUGGCACAGCGACACUUUUAUGUGAACCCAAAUUCAUUCAUUCCUGUAGUUGGACUGGUCAUGUACAAGAUGUUUGCGUUGACAAUUCGUACAGGGGAAAAGGAUUGGGCAAAUUAAUUGUUAAUUGUCUCAAAUUGUUAGCUCAGAAAUUAGGAGCUUACAAAGUGGAUUUAGAUUGUGCUGAUGAGAAGAUCCGAUUUUACAACGGACUAGGAUUCAAACAAGAGAGUGGCCGAGCCAAUUACCUGGCCCUACGUUUUCCAAAUUAAACAAAAUCAAUUCCAUUGCCAUUUAAUUGUUCACUUUAUUUAAAUAAAUC